ACACCAUGAUGCAAUGCAUGCCAGCAGCUGAUGUCAACAUGGCGUAAGGUGCCCUGCUCUUGCGAUUGCAUUGGGUCGUUUGGAUGCCUGUACAACUCUUGCCGAUUGUCAGCGAGCGCACCAAGUUGAUGCGAUUACGCAGCCGACCAUACCAGCGUUUCCAUACGGUCCUCAUGAGAAUGUCUGAGUAAAGGACCUUUGGUGACACCAGCUAUCCUGCAAUGGAGUCUCUGUUUGGGCCUGAUUCAGAGGAGCUGUGGCUGCCCCCAGAGGCAGCCGAAGGAAAUGUUGAGUACAAACUGAAGUUGGUCAACCCAUCACAGAGCCGCCUGGAGCACCUUGUCACCCAGAUGAAGUGGAGGCUACGCGAAGGCCAAGGUGAGGCCAUCUACGAGAUUGGCGUGGAGGACGGAGGCCUGCUGGUGGGACUGAGUGCAGCCGAUAUGGCCGCCUCCUUGGCCACUCUGCAGUGCAUGGCCACCAAACUGGGUGCCUCACUGACUGUGCUGCGUGAGCGCUCCAUAGGCAAUGCUCGCAAGGCAGCUGAGGUGCUGGUGCGCAAGGUUCCGGAGGACCAGCAGAGCAUCGAGAUUCGGGUGGCUGUGCUGGGCAGUGUGGAUGUCGGCAAGAGCACUGUCCUGGGUGUGCUCACACAGGGAGAACUGGACAAUGGCCGUGGUAGUGCACGGCUCAACCUAUUCAGGCACCUGCAUGAGAUUCAAACAGGACAUACAUCAUCAAUUAGCCGUGAGAUCCUGGGGUUUACAAGCCAGGGACAACCUGUCACAUACAACCACUGUCGCAGUCCAGAGGAGCUCUGCGAGCGUUCGGCCAAGCUCAUCACUUUCAUUGACUUGGCUGGACACCAGAAAUACCUGCGCACCACUGUCUUUGGACUCACAGGUCACAGUCCGCACUUUGUCAUGUUGGUUGUGAAUGCUGCCAGUGGGCUGACUGGCACAGGCCGUGACCACCUUUUGCUUGCCCUGGCUCUUCAGGUGCCUCUGGCCAUCGUGGUGAAUAAGGUGGACACCGUGAGUUCAGCAACGUUGGCCAAGACCCUAGCGCAACUGCACCGCCUGCUCAAGGGGCCUGGCUUCAAGAAGCUUCCCCUGGAGGUGCUCACCGAGGACGAUGCAUUGACAGCAGCAGCACGGGUUCGGGAGGGCAGUGUGGUGCCUGUGUUCCUGGUCUCGUGUGUGCACGGUGACGGCUUGGGCCUCCUGUACACGUUCCUGCACGUGCUGCCUCCCGGUCACGGGCCCAAGGAGCGCGACGGGCUCAUGCGACUCACUCCCGAGUUCCAGAUUGACGAGACCUUCCAGGUGCCCGACGUUGGCCCCGUCGUCGGGGGCCUGCUGACGAGAGGUGUCCUGCACGAAAACGACCGGCUGCUGGCAGGGCCCAGCCACGAUGGCAGCUUCCAUCCAGUCAGGGUGGUGUCAGUGCAGCGGCACCGAGUGCCUUGUCGCUUGGUGCGUGCAGGGGAGAGUGCCACCCUAGCGUUAGCACCAAGUGCAGGGGCCCUGCUGCGACGAGGAACAGUGCUGUGCAGCCCCGCAGAUGUGCGUCCCACAGCCACGCGACUGUUCCGGGCACGUGUGCGAGUGCUGAGCCACCCUGGGCGCCUGGCAGUGGGUUUCCAGGCACUGGUGCAGGCCGGCAAUGUUCAGCAGGCCGCAGUAGUGGUGGGCGUGCGCGGGGGCAACAGCGCCAGCCUUGGGGUCACUGACCGGGGGGUGCUACUGUUCAAGUUUGUGCGUCAGCCCGAGUGCCUGCGGCCAGGCAGUCGCCUGCUCUUCCACCAGGGGCAGGCACGAGGCAUUGGCUGCAUCCUGCAGGUGUACCCGCUGCACGUCCCGCCUGUCCUGCACUGACCUCCAUGUGUGAGUGUUCACCCAAUUGAAUAAUAGAAUGCAGGUGCUGAUAAUAACAGCAAGGCAGAGGAGUGGUGGUCAGACCAUGAGAUUACAGUGUAAACACUCCCAACAACGGUGAUGGCUCUUGUUGUUGGAGUUAUCGUGGAAGCAGCGUCAAACAUUGUGCAACGGCAGACCCUAGCGGCAAAGGAAUUUCAUAGCAAAGGAUACAGCGAAAGAUCAUGACAAAGCCUUUUGUGGCUAAUAUAACCACAGCGGCACUACGGAGCAGCAGCAGCAUCUUUCUGGGCUUCUCUGCCGCAAUUGUUUUCACCUCCUUGCCUUUGAAAGCACAUAAGCCAUUAAGAUGUGCCUGCCCAUAUAACUGCUGCAAAAUGUGUUGCUUAACAUCUCGAGAAUCUGUAGAGACCUCGUAGCUAUCCUGUUUGUUUGAAUCUUGAUAGUGGCCAGUUCAAGGGCAUGCUGACAGUAAUGCUGCCGUAUUGCAUCCUAGCCUGAGCACAUGGUGCGGCGCUGGUGCGCAGGAAUGUGCAUUUGAGCACAAGAUAUUUGAUGCUGUAGUCAAGGUCACUGCACGGGCUGCACAAGGCUGUGGUGUGGAGACGGUGCUGACCUGUGCGUGUGGCACUUGUGUGGCAACAGCAGCCACCUUCAUUAGAAUGGCAUGGUCUCCCAUAGGCAUCACUCUUCACGCAUCAAGUGCUUUUCACAUACCUAUGAGCCCAUUGUGAUUCUCCGCAAAUGCCAACAAUGCACAACAAACUCUUGUUAGGAUUUUAACCUUUUAGUGUUUUAGUGAGACUCUUUGCAGAACUCACGUGUGCAGAACCUUGUAUGGAGGCUUGUGAUCUUGUUUUUGUACCUAUUUGAUCAAUAUUUUAUGUGCAAGAAAUGGCGCUAUGCUAGUCAUUGCAAGUGAAAAAGACCCAGUCUCAUACUGCUAAUAACUUUGCAGUGGAGAAGAAAACAUGAAAAGUUGCAAAGUGAAUAAAGACUGUUUUGCUGUUA